AUGGAUAGGCUGAGCAGCCUCCCGGACAAGAUCCUGCACCACCUCCUUUCUUUCCUCCCGACCAAAACCUCGGUCUCCACAAGCAUCCUCUCCAAGAGGUGGCACUCCCUGUGGCUCCACGUCCCCGCACUAGACUUUGACUCCCGUGACUACCUCCCCCACUCCCGCCCCAGCAUGGGCAGCUUCAUCACUGGGGCAUUCUUGCUCCGCGGGGCGCAGACCACAAAUAUGUUCCAUCUCCACUGUAACAGGGACGGUUUCGACGUUGUCAGCUACGACAUCGACAUGUGGGUGUCCGCCGUCACCCGGCUUGGCGUCCGCAAUCUUGACCUUCACCUCCACCACAACCUCUUGCUGCCCCACUCCCUCUUUACCUGCAAGACCCUCGUUCAACUCACCCUCAAGUGCUGCCGUGUGGGUGCUGGUGUUGGCCGCGCCACGUGUAAUCUCCCCUGCCUCAAGAAACUCCACCUCGAGUCCGUGGAGUAUCAGGUCAAGGAAGCAUUGCUUUCGCCUUUGGCCCCCGCCUGCCCGGUGCUCGAGGAGCUCACCGUAGUCGACUGCUUCUUUUUUUUGGACGAUGAUUACGACAUAUCCUCCCCAACAAUAAAGAGGCUCGCUCUCGGUUUUCGGUUUAAGAGGCGCGAAUUUCACAUCUCGAAAACGAUGGUCAGGAUAAAUGCUCCCGCACUCACAUAUUUGGAGGUGUACGACUGUCUGUACGAGCGGCUGCUGUUUUCCCCGCCACCCUCCUUGGUCAAGGCGCGUGUCCACAUACGUUACCGGUCAGCGGGAGUGUUGAAGUUUCUCCAUAGCCUCUGUUGUAAUGUUGAGUGCCUGGAAUUGCAAUUCGUAGAUAGUGAUUCAUCGAAAUUGUUGAUGGAGCCCAACCAAGUGUCUAAAUGCUUGUUAUCAUCAAACCUAACGAGUAUUGAAAUACAUCAAUUCGGGUGUACCAAGGGAGAGCUUGAGCAGGUAUGGUAUCUUUUGAGCAAUGCUAAAUGCCUCAAGAGGAUGGAAAUAUAUUGUUCCAAAACCGAGCCCCAGGUGAAAUCCGAUGCGCUAAACAUAAUUUCAUCUUUUCACCGAGUAUCUCAAGUGUGUCAGCUUCUCCUCCAUUGA